AGCCCGGUUCAAUCGCAUAACAUACGUUUGUCCGUCAUCCAGUAACACAGUAUACAGGCCUUGUCUUUCAACCACCGCCAUCUACUAUAUGUACAAAUGUCUCUAUAUCUCAUCGUCAUAUGCUGCAGUGCAAGGGUUCUCGUGCACUUUACGAUCUGGAAUGAAGCUACAUGCUUCUUAGUUGCGCCGCUGUACACUAUCUGGUCUUCUGCAGUUUGCUAGUACGUUGUUGUCCUGAGAUGUAGACAUAGCGCAAGGGAGAACUUGUGCUAUGUCCUCAGCUCUCUUUUCCUGUAACUGGCCUGUGUACCUGUAAAUUUGCUAGUACAUGUGCCAUUUGUCUUUCGUACCCCUCUGUGCAAGUACUUAACGGCUGAUGGGUAGCUCAGUGGUUAUGAAGCUUUGACAUUGCCACUUAGUUAUCAGAAUCAAAUGCUUCUUGGCCUCAUGGGCCAUGAUUUUUUGUCGCUUCUGCCUCGACGAAGAGUGACAGGAUAAGGUAUACUAUCUGCCUACUGCCGUAAAGUUCCUCAGCAAUGCCGCAGCGUGCGGAUUCCAACCCUAGCCCAGACGCCAACGCUAGCAAUAAGAGACGACCCGCCUGCGCACGUUAUCCCCUCUCCCCUCAUCUGCUUUAUCAAGCUAGGUCUACCCAUUCUCGCCCACCAUGUCCUCAAUCUCCUCUCAGCGUGCUACCGCAGGUUCUGAAGAUGAUCUCGCCGACAUGCUGCUCCUUGUCGCAUCGAUGACCCCCGAAGAUGUAGAGGACUUUCAAGGCCAUCGAAACGGCAAAGCCGCCGAUGCCAUGACCGACGAAGAACUCGCCGUGCAAAUCUACGCAGAGGAAGCAAACAAUCUCCUCAUCCUUGCUCAAGACUCUGUAUUUACACGUAGUCUCAACACUGCUUUGCGAAGCGAUCGUUCGUUGAUUCGACAGAUGGUCCAAGAGGAGACCUCUGCCAUACGUGAUCGUCGAAUGGCACUUGCAAUGAGCUCAGGUCGUAUCGAUGUACCCGUCUCUACAAGGCACAGCGUUGCAGACGAUCCUGCUUCAUUAAUGUCUGCCGAGACGAGCUCAGACUCGGAUGAGGAACAGGUCACAUCGGCGGUGGCUUCAUCCAGCAGAGUCACUUUAGUCCCUAUUGCACCCCGAGAACUGCACGAUUGUGUAAUCUGUACAGACACGAUUCGAGGCAUGGAGAUCAGAGCUCCUUGCGGGCACUUCUAUGAUGUUCGCUGCUUAGUCGACUUAUUCCGUUCCACCGUUAGAGACGAAUCGUUGUUCCCUCCUCGCUGCUGCCAGCAACCUUUCAUUUUCGACCAGAUUCGUCGUUAUCUCGGACACGAUCUUGCCGCCCAAUUCCAACAGAAGUCAAUCGAAUUCUCAACUGCGGAUCGCGUCUACUGUCACCGACCGACCUGCUCCACCUUCCUCGGUGCAGCCACAAAUCACGCAAGUCCAUUACGUUGCAGACGAUGUUCUAAUUCCACUUGCGCUCAUUGCAAGGAAUCCGCUCAUUUGGAUCUACCUUGCUCUUCCGAGCUUGAUGCCGCAGUUCUGGCUCUUGCUGAACAGGAAGGCUGGAAGCGAUGCCCCGGCUGUCAUCGCCUGGUAGAACUCACCAUGGGUUGCUACCAUAUGACUUGCAGGUGCAGGAAACAAUUCUGCUACGUUUGCACAGAGACAUGGAAGAAUUGUACUUGUCCUCAGUGGGAAGAGAAUCGAUUGCUGGUCGUCGCUCGAGAUCGCGUGAACAGAGAAAUCCGUGAGGAGCCCGCAGCGAGGCCUGCCGGCGAUGUGUUCCGUACUAGAGUCGUGGAAAUGGCUGCGCGAUUGCGGGAAGAUCAUGAUUGUCGUCACACUGGAUGGAGCUAUCGAACUGGAGGGGGCCAGUGUGAGAUUUGCAAUUAUCGUUUGCCUCAGUAUCUCUUGCGUUGCCGUGGGUGCCAAACGCUGGCAUGUGUUCGAUGCACACGCAACCGUCUGUAAACGCACGCAAUCCCACAAUAUAGAGAGCGUGCACCG